AUGUCGAUUCCUCGCUCAAACUUUGGACUCCGAAUACCAUUGCUUAAUGAGAAUGAUGCUUUUUUCUAUGGUCCGAUAACAAUCGGAAAUCCACCGCAAACUUUUCUUGUCGAUUUCGAUACGGGUUCCGAUCUUUCAUGGGUGACCUGCAAGUGUCGAAAAGGAGAGGACCAAUGCAGGAGACAUAACCAGUUCCACUGUCGAACCUCGCGAACUUGUGUGGACACCAGAGAGCAAUUUGAUAUCAUUUAUGGAUCAGGCGCGGUGAAGGGCGCCUGGAUGAAAGACAAACUUUGUAUGGGUCCAACGUUUUUCGGGUAUUGCACCGAUUCGAGUCAACGCUUCAUUUGCGGGAGAAGUAUCAGAGGCGCUUUGGCGGACACCGAUGGAUCGAUCGGACUCGCUUACAACUACGGAAACCUGGGAGAGUCUCCACUCCGUUUCAUUUUCAAUCAGGCUUAUUGCAAGGACAAAAUUUUCUCGAUUUACAUGGGCAAAUCGAUGUUGUAUCGGAAUGGAGAGCUCACGAUUUGUGGAGUGAAUCCGGCCAGGUUUACGGGUCCAAUCUAUUGGCUUCCAAUUCUCCAACAUGAUCCAUACUGGACCAUUCAAGUGCAUCGAGUCUCGAUCGAUGGGCUUACGGUAUGGAAGGCUCCAAAGCAUCGAAAACACUGGGCGAUGAUCGAUUCGGGAGCUUCUCUGAUGGAUAUUGGAACUGAGGCAUUCAACGGCAUUCGAGAGCUCAUUCCCGAUUUCGAAUGUAAUCCGAUCAACAUGCCAAACAUUGUCUUCACCCUUGGACCAAAUCUGGAAUUCAUGUUCACGCCGAAAGACUACAAAGCCUUUUAUGGUUCCAAUCAUUGCUCAUGGCUAAUGUUCGGCAAUCGAACGGGCAAUCGUUGGAGUUUCGGCACGUCGUUCAUCGAGAGAUUCUACACGAUUUUCGACUACAAACGCGCUAGAUUAGGUACGUAUCAACCGGAAGUCGUCUGGUCGGAUGGAGAUUGGGAUAUGACAGUUGAGUAUUGGAAAAGCAAAGAGUUCAUCGCUUGGUUGUACAAUGAAAAGUUUGAUGGAAGAAAGUUUGCACAUAAAGUAGACAAGGUUAACGACAAGAAUAGAGAUAGCACGAUGGGUGAGGGAGGUGCGAACUUUGCUCGGCUUCAAGAAGAGAUCAUUAGUCGAAGCAAUUCAAAGAAUUGGGAAACGGCAAGGCGCGAAUGGGAACUCAGUUAUAUUUACAUGUCGGGUGGAAAUGGGCCUGAGUCGUGCCUAUGCGGUCAGAACCCGAUUGUCGAAUUGUGCGUUCUUCGCAACAACGAAAACCGGCGUGAGGCUGUCGUUGGCAACGUUUGCGUCAACAAAUUCAUGGGGAUACAUCAAGGAAAGAAAAUCUUUCAGGCAUUUCAUCGGGUUGCGAAAGAUAGUUCGAAAGGGCUAAAUGAGGAAUCGAUCAUCUAUGCACACCAACAUGGCUGGAUCAAUGAUUGGGAGAAAGGAUUUUACCUCGACACAUGGAGAAAGCAAUAUGCGACUCUCAGUGACAAGCAGCGGGCAAAACGAACUGAAAUCAACAGUCUUGUCAUGCAAAUGAUUCGCUCGGCACAACGACCGGGAAAUCAA